GAUUGGUUGACUGAACAGUUCAACAUAAGAAUUUUGUGUCAAAUUUUAAUUAUUAUUAGUUUAAUGUAAAGCUGUUAACAUUCAAGGAAUUAGAAACUUUGCUUGAACCUGAGCUACGCUUUACUGAGUUUAAAAAUGGAAUUUUUGUCGACGUCUGCUAUCAUCAGUGUGGGAACGCUCUGCUGUUUAGUGUAUGUGGCCAUCAAAGCAGCCAUUUUCAUGAGAAAAUAUCGUCAACGAACCGCCAUCUUGAACCACUUUGACCAUGACCCAGCUCAUUGGUUUUGGGGAAAUCUCAAUGACUUUCCAAAACGUCCUGACGAGCAUGGCUUGAAAUGGAAACGUGAUCGGAUCGCCCAGUAUCCUGAUGCCACAACAAACUGGUUUGGGUUUCUGCUACCAGAAGUUUGUUUGACGUCUGCUAAAUCUGUUAAACCAUUGCUGAAAUCUUUUGAGCCGAAGGGAUUCAUGUAUCGAUUCCUUACACCAUGGCUUGGCGACGGCUUGUUGCUAAGCAAGGGAGAUAAAUGGGCUCGGAACAGACGUCUACUGACUCCUGCCUUUCAUUUUGAAAUUUUGAAACCGUAUCUUCAAAUUAAGAACAGGGCUGCUGACAAACUUUGCUCAAAAAUCCAGAAAUUUGCAGAAACAGGAGAAUAUUUUGAAGGUUGUCACAUGAUCACAAUGUUCACGCUUGACGUUAUUUUGAAAUGUGCUUUUUCGUACGAAAUCAACUGUCAGGAUAUUGGAGACGAACAUCCUUAUGUCAAGGCCAUUUUCGAACUGGGAAAUAUUCUAACGGACAGAUUCUUAAAACCAUGGCUUCAUCCUGAUUUUAUAUUCUUCAGAACAGCUCUCGGAAAGUCAUUUAUGAAGAAUUGUGAAAAAAUACAUAAAAUAGCAGAAGACAUUAUUGCCCAACGGAAAAGAGUUUUAUUGGAAAACGGCCAAUCAGAUGACGGUAUUAAAAAACGAGGAAAAUACACUGAUUUUUUGGAUAUUUUGUUAAUGGCGUCCGAUGAAAAUGGCGUUGGAUUGACUGACCUUGAAAUCCGAGAUGAGGUCAACACGUUUUUGUUUGAAGGUCACGACACAACUGCGAGUGCCAUCUCGUGGGCCUUAUUUUCAUUGGCUGAUAAUGGAGAAAUUCAGGAUCGAGUGCAGCAAGAAAUUGACAAUCUUCUCGUUGGCCGAAAUUCAGAUGACCUUGAAGCAAAUGACCUUCAGAAGUUGCCGUAUUUAUCCAUGUGCAUCAAAGAAUCGCUGCGCCUGCAUAGUACAGUUAGCUAUAUUCAACGCCAGACGGAAGCCCCCCAUAAUAUUUUGGGAAAACUUCUGCCGGCAGACAUUAUGACAAGCAUAUAUAUCUAUUGUGUUCAUCACAAUCCUCAGUAUUGGCAGGAAUCGCUAGUGUUCAAACCUGAACGCUUCACUCCCGAAAACAUCGAAAAAAUGGAUCCAUUCGCAUUCAUUCCUUUCAGUGCCGGUCCUAGAAAUUGUAUUGGUCAGAAUUUCGCGAUGCACGAAAUCAAGGUGGCUCUAGUGAAGAUAUUGUCACGAUAUUUUCUAGAUGUUGACCCAAAUCAUGAGGUCAAGAAGAUAGAAUGUUUGGUAAUGAGGGCAGAGACUGGGAUUAGAUUUAAGGCAACUCUGCGAAUGUCAGGACAAUAUCGUUUUCAGUGACUUUUGAAGUAAGGGAUUGUAAGUGGUUUUCUGAACUUUUUUUUUUGUGUUUUGGGAUACUGAUAGCAUCAAUUGGAACCUUUCGAAUUUUCAGUCAGACACAUUAGAAAACUCUGGACAACCCAUUUAGGGACUAUUGAUACUGGUGAUUAUCUUGAUACUAUAUACGUAGGUGACCUGAUGCAGCUCGGUGAUUUUUUUGUUUAAAGCAGCCAUUCUGCGAAGUUGGGGCCUUAGAGGUCUCUGUGAUUUUGAAUUUGAAAUAGUACUUAAUUCCGGUGAUUUUCUGUGUGUUCUGUAUUAUAUUUAUGAUAGAUUUCUUGCAUAAUGUCCAAAGAUUUUUUCUUUAAAGCAGCCAUUUUGGGGCCAUAUUGUUAUUACUAAUUAGUGAUUUUGGCUUUCGUCUAUAGUGCUCAAUUCAGUGAUAUGAUUUUCUGUAUAUUAUUCCUAUGAUUAUUUUAACUCUUGCAAAGAGUCGAAAAUCAACCGCUCGAACAUUUAUUUUAAUUUGCUUUUUUUAUUAUACAUUAUAAUAUGAAAUAUAAUAGUUGUAUGGAGAUUGCUGACGUGAAAUAAAGUAACAUGUUUCAGGUUC